AUGGAGGUAAACCAGCAGAAAGGAGAUGGAGAAGCUGCAGCCAGAGGUGAAAACCCAAGCAGAACCUGCAAGCUGCCAGCAGGGAGAGUAGUUCUGCUGGUUCUGGUCGGUCUGCUGGCUGCUGCUCUCAUCGUCGUCUUCAGACUCUCUUUCGAUAAAAUACAAAUGAAUCAAACCAUCAAAACCCUGGAAGAGGAGAAUGAAGCUCUGAGGAGAAAUCAGUCAGAUAAAAUGUGCCUGAAAUGGGCCAAAGACUGGGACCAAUAUGAAGAAAAAUGUUAUUACUUCAACUUCAUCAAAUCCUCCUGGAAUGACAGCAGACGUUCCUGCGCUGAUCUGGGAUCAGACCUGGUGAAGAUCGACAGCAGAGAGGAGCAGAUGUUCCUGAACAAAAGACUGAGAGACCUGAUGGUGGAUGAUGAGGACAAGUUCUGGAUCGGACUGACGGACUCAGGGGAAGAAGGCAGGUGGUUCUGGGUGGACGGAUCUCCUCUGGACGAAAGGUUUCAUUGA